AUGUCUCCGUCCCUGGCCAGAUCCGCUCCCAGCGAGCUCAACCACUGGUGGACCCAACUGAAGUUUCGCCUUCAAAACAAGAAAGGAUGGAACGAGAUGUUGGAUGAGACGUUUCUGCUACACACUAAAUAUAUAAAUGAUCUUCCUCUCUUCUAUGCGGCUAAAAAGAACAGCGCUGGGUGCAUCAAGAAACUGCUGAGCUGUUCCUCCACUAACAUCUUUGAGAGAGGAGCUCUCGGGGAGACGGCGCUUCAUGUUGCCGUGAUGAACGAUAACCUGGAGGCCGCUGUGGCUCUCAUGGACGGAGCUCCUGAACUCAUCAACGAGCCCAUGACUUCAGAGCUCUUUCAAGGUGUUACUCCUCUCCACAUCGCUGUUGUCAAUCAGAACAUCAAUCUGGUUCAUCAUCUGAUCAGUCGUGGGGGUGACGUGUCUACACCUCGAGUCACCGGUCUCUACUUCAGGAAGAGAAUCGGAGGACUCGUGUACUACGGUGAGCACAUCCUGUCCUUUGCUGCGUGUACCGGGAAUGAAGACAUCAUCUCCAUGCUUAUUGACGCCGGGGCCAGCACCAGGGCCCAGGAUCACCGUGGCAACACCGUGCUUCACAUUUUGGUUCUGCAGCCCAACAAGACGAUUGCAUGCCAGGCCGUUGACCUGAUUAUGGCACGCGACAUGGAGCUGGACCAGUCGGUGCCACUCGACAUGGUGCCCAACUCCCGGGGCCUUACACCCUUCAAACUGGCUGCCAAAGAGGGGAAUGUUGUUGCGUUUCAGCACCUGGUUAACAAGAGGCGAGUGGUCCAGUGGAAUCUGGGCCCGCUGACCUCUAACCUGUACGACCUGACAGAGAUCGAUUCCUGGGCCGACACCCAGUCCGUGCUGGAGCUCAUCGUGUGCGGCCACCAGAAAGAGGCUAGAAAGAUACUGGAACUGACCCCUGUCAGGCAGCUGGUUAGCCUUAAGUGGAACCUGUAUGGGAAACAUUACUUUAGGCUCCUGUUGUUACUGUAUCUGCUGUACAUCGGGACCUUCACGCUGUGUUGUCAACAUCGCCCUCUGAAGGACGCUCCAGAGAACUACACGCAGUCUGACCUAGACAAAACUGUCCGGGUCCAGAAAACCCUAAAGGAGAGUUAUGUGACACAUGCGGACAACCUGCGGCUGGUGGGUGAAAUCAUCAGCAUCCUGGGAGCUUUUGCCAUUCUGUUGCUGGAGAUCCCUGACAUACUGCGAGUUGGGGCAAAGCGUUAUUUUGGCCAAACCGCACUGGGAGGACCCUUCCAUUUCAUCCUUAUCAUCUACGCGUUCCUGGUGGUGCUGCUGUGUGUGUUCAGAGUCUGCGAGGUGCAGGGAGAGACUGUGGUGAUGGCCGUUUGUUUGGUUCUCGGCUGGUGCAACGUCAUGUUCUUCGCCCGAGGUUUUGAAAUGCUCGGCCCUUAUGUCAUCAUGAUACAGAAGGUUAUAUUUGGAGACCUAACAAAGUUUAUUUGGCUGAGUGUCAUUGUACUCAUUGGCUUUUCCACCUCACUCUGGAUGGUGUAUAUGACACAGGAGCUUGAUUCCAUUCCUGCAUAUCACUCCUAUGCUAUCACCCUCUUCUCCCUGUUUGAGCUCAGCGUGGGCCUCAUAGAUCUGCCUGUGGACCAGACCAUCCUUAAUCCCACGAUCGUCUAUGUGCUGCACUGCACCUUCUCUCUGGUCUCCUACCUCCUCCUGUUGAACCUACUGAUAGCUAUGAUGAGUGACACACACUGGCGGGUGGCCCAGGAGAGAGAUGACCUCUGGAGGACUCAGGUGGUUGCCACAACUUUGAUGCUUGAGAGGAGGCUGCCCCGCUGCCUGUGGCCUCGGCUCGGGGUGUGUGGGCUCAGCUACGGCCUGAUGGAGCGUUGGUAUCUAAGGGUUGAGGACAGAAAGGAUCAAAUGUUGCAAAAGAUGCGACGCUACGUCAAGGCUUUCUCCAAAGAGGAGGAAAAGGAGGGAUUGGAGAAGGACACAGCGAAGGGUUCCAUCUCAGGAAGCCCCAAGCUCAGACGUGAGAACAGCACGAGGUCUAAUGCAGGGUGGCAGAUCAUCCGGGACAGCGCCAUGGGAUUGGAGAUGCAGCAGCACGAGCUGGAGGAGGACCAGUGCAUUAAAUAUGUUUAGGAAGAUUUCAUGUAAUGUAAUUUGAUGAUGAAAAAAGUUUCAAGAUGAAGACUCAACAGACUAUGUAUUCAACUGUGCAAU